AUGUCAUCCGCACGGCUCAACACGACAGACGCCAUUUUCUCGCGUGAGAACCGUCUCCCAACGUAUUCCGUUGGAUCUCGAAAGACUACUCCAACAUCUAUCAGUCAUACGGCGGCUACUCGAACCAUUCCGUCAAACAUCAGGCUUGUGGAUACCUCCAAGUACACGAGACUUGCUGAGGGUUGUAAGGACAAGAUUCUGAGAUCGGGUAUCAACCAAGACCUGAUCGCUGCGGGUGGCAAAGCCUUACAGAGAAAUGCCGAGCAGGACAAUGUUGUGCUGUUCCACACCCAUGUAGCCCAUCUGACUUUGGAAUGCCUAAGGUCGAUCAUACAAUCGGAUACUCACGACGUCAAAAACACUUGGGAGCACCCACUGAGCCUCCCGUCUAUCCCCAAGCCCCAGCCCGACCCCGCCAGCGCCAACAAGACGAGCCGUUCCGCCACCAGACCAGCCAAGAGGAGACGAAUCUCUUCGCUGACCAGUGUCCAGGUUAAACCGGGUACUGGCAAGUAUGUCGAGGUUCGCCCGGAUAUGAUCGUUGUCCUGGAUCCCAAAGAUGCCAAAAAGAUCGAUCUCGAACGUGGCAGUCUCCUUGCAUUGUGCAUAUGCCUCAUCUGCCUCGAGAUGAAGCGGACAGGUAUUCUGUCCUCCCGCGUCGACGACAUCAAGGCAGCAGCAGCAGCCCUCUCCCAGCCAGGUGCCACACCGAACGAUGACAUCCUAGCACGGGGUUCGCGCAGCAACACGACGGAGGCGACUGAGCUCAAUGUGGGAUCGAGCAAUCUCUUCAAACAGGCGAUCUGUUAUUGCCUCACUCACCGGAUCAGGAACGCCAUCCUAUCUGAGUUUGGCGUUUCAUUCUUUUUGCGGUUCCCGGAGAUGCCGCUCAACCUCUCAAUCAACAAGCUUUGGGCACACGGAGUCGGUGACUGGAUGGAAGUGGGUAUACUGGAGGAAGACGACAGCGGACAGAUGCUGUCUGCUUACCUUGGCGCCAACAUCGAAGCUUUGAAGGACUUGCAGGAAAUCGGCCGUGUCGACGUUGGAUUUUGA